UACGUUGUACCCACAACUCACGAUGACAGCUUGCAUCAGGACUGUGGAUGCACUUUUCAAAAGCCUGGAUUUCUGAGAGGAAGCAUGAUGGACGCAGCGGACAUAGUUGCUUCGGUGUUGGUUUUGGGGAUUAUUGUCGUGUCGCUGCUGUCCAACGUUGUGGUGCUGAUCUGCUUUCUGUACAAUCCGGAGAUCCGCAAACAGGUACCCGGGCUUUUUAUUCUCAACUUGACGUUUUGCAACCUGUUGCUGAGCGUGUCCAACAUGCCACUAACUCUGAUCGGGCUCAUCACCACGGGCCACCCCUGGGGCAGUGGUUUGUGUCAAAUUGUGGGUUUCCUCGACACUUUUCUCACCACAAACUCCAUGCUGAGCAUGGCAGCUCUUAGCAUUGAUAGAUGGGUGGCGGUGGUUUUCCCGCUGAGUUACCACUCAAGAAUACGGCACCGGGAUGCAGUGAUAGCUCUAGGAUACACGUGGAUACACUCACUUUGCUUCUCCACGGUGGCUACCUGCCGUUCCUGGGUCGGCUACAACCACCUUUACGCAUCGUGCACGCUGUGCAAUGUGAGAGCGAAGGGAGCCGGGACGCAGUUCGUUAUUUUCACCGUGGUUUUGCACUCUCUCACUUUCCUCCUCACCCUGAUUGUGUUGUGUAUAACGUAUCUGAAAGUUCUCAAAGUUGCAAGGUUUCACUGUAAACGCAUCGACGUCAUCACUAUGCAGACAUUGGUACUGCUUGUGGAUAUUCACCCCAGUGUACGCCAGAAAUGCUUGGAUGAACAGAAGCGGAGGAGGCGGAGGGCCACCAAAAAAAUCAGUACAUUCAUCGGUACAUUUGUGGUGUGCUUUACGCCUUAUGUCAUUACAAGAAUUGUAGAGCUCUUCAGUCCAGGACCCAUAAACCCUCACUGGGGUGUGCUGUCCAAAUGCUUGGCCUACAGCAAGGCAGCAAGCGACCCGUUUGUCUACUCACUGCUGCGCCACCAAUACAGGAAGACCUGCAGCCUUCUGGCAAACAAAGUCCUCAAGAGGAGCACAUUCAACUCCUCCUCCCUCAGGAUAGAGAACAACGCAGGGAGAAGUGACAACAACUUCAGUCCAACCAACAUUAUCCAGCCAUCAGCCGAUAAGCCCCUUGGCCAGUGA